AUGUCAUAUGGUCGAAAUCUUACAGCAGCCUAUGAGAUGAUUACCAAUGUUUCUCACAUCCUGGGACUCAUGCCCUUGUAUUUUCAAAAUUCAUUUCUACAAAUCGUACUUCCAGAGAAAAUCCAAGCAAAUACAAGUGAUAAUUCAGAAGUAGAAAAUGAACAGGUUUCCUAUAGUAUUUCAAUCGAUGAGAAACCGUAUACUGUGCACCUUAAGCAAAGCUUUUAUUUAGCAAAUAAUUUCAUGGUUUAUAUGUAUAAUCAAGGAUCUAUGAAUUCUCAAUCUUCAAAUAUUCAGGCUCAGUGCUACUACCAGGGGUAUAUUGAAGGAUAUCCGAAUUCUUUUGUCACACUGAGCACGUGCUCUGGACUGAGAGGAAUAUUGCAGUUUGAAAAUGUUUCUUACGGAAUUGAGCCUCUGGAAUCUGCAUUUGAAUUUCAGCAUCUUCUUUACAAAUUAGGGAAUGAAAAGAAUGAAUUUGCAGUUCUUACUGAAAAUAACCAAGACACAGAACAAAACCCAAUGGACCAUUACAUUUUUAUAAGUGAAAAACCAGAAUCAACUGUUUCAACUGAUUUAAUUCCUCUUUAUCUAGAAAUGCAUAUCGUGGUAGACAAAGCUUUGUUUGAUUACCUGGGCUCUGAUAGCAUGAUAGUAACAAAUAAAAUCAUCGAAAUUAUUGGCCUUGUAAAUUCGAUGUUUGCCCAAUUAAAAAUUUCUAUUGUGCUGUCAUCUUUGGAAUUGUGGUCUGAUAAAAAUAAGAUCUCUACAGUUGGUGAGGCAGAUGAAUUACUGUAUAGAUUUUUAGAAUGGAAAAAUUCCUAUCUUACCCUGAGGCCUCAUGAUAUUGCAUAUCUAUUCAUCUUUAGAGAAUAUCCAAAUUAUGUGGGAGCAGCAUUUCCUGGAAAGAUGUGUGUUACCGGUUAUUCUGCAGGAAUUGCUCUGUAUCCCAAGGAGACGACUUUGGAGGCACUUUCAGUUAUUGUCACCCAGAUGCUGGGACUCAGUCUGGGAAUAUCAUAUGAUGACCCAAAGAAAUGUCGAUGUUCAGGAGCCAUCUGCAUAAUGAGUACAAAAGCCCUGCAAUCCAGUGGUAUGAAGACUUUUAGCGAUUGCAGUUUGAGAGACUUUGAAAAUUUCAUUUCAAACAUGAGGGCCCAGUGUCUUCAGAAUAAGCCACAAAUGCAGAGAAAUCCGGGACCCAUCUGUGGCAAUGGCAGAGUGGAGGGAAAUGAAGUCUGUGACUGUGGUACUGAGGAACAAUGUGGACCUGAUAACUGUUGUAAUCCUCGGACUUGUGUGCUGAAACCAGGUUCAGAAUGCGAUAAAGGAUUAUGCUGCAACAACUGUAAAUUUAUGGCAGCAGGUGCUACAUGUAGGCCCAUUGCACAUCCUGAAUGUGAUAUUCCUGAGGUUUGUAAUGGAAGCUCAGGAAGGUGUCCGGCUGAUAUAACUAUACUCAAUGGACGGCAAUGUGAAGGAGGAAAAGCUUUCUGUUAUGAUGGAGGCUGCCAAGAUAUUGAUGCACAUUGUGAGAGUAUAUUUGGAAAAGGUUCAAAAAAUGCUCCGUUUGCCUGCUAUGAAGAAAUACAGUCUCAAAGUGAUAGAUUUGGGAACUGUGGUCAAGAGGGACUCAGAUAUACAUUUUGCCCAUGGAGGAAUCUUAUAUGUGGAAGAUUAAUCUGUACCUACCCAUUUGAAACUCCUUUCCUUCGAGACAAUGCUUCUGUGAUUUAUGCUUUUGUGCGAAGUACUGUAUGUAUAACAAUGCACUAUGAAACAACGGGUACAAAAGAUCCACUCGUGGUCAAUAAUGGCUCUAUUUGUGAUAAAGAGAGGAUUUGUGUAAAUCGUCAAUGUUUAGAAGUAAGGCCGUUUAUAGACAAAUUAAAUCAGUGUUCAGCAAAGUGCAAUGGAAAUGGAGUGUGCACCUCCACGAUGAUAUGCAAUUGUACUGGUGGCUACAGCCCUCCAGAUUGCAGGGUGAAAUCCAGAAUAUCGCCUGAGGAACAGGAUUUACCCACGGAAAGAACUUCUGAGAAGGGUGGGAAGAAGCAGUGGCUUUUGGCUAUCUACAUUGCUUCACCUGUUCUUGUUGUAGCAACCAUAAUAGCUGCUUCAUGGAAGCUUUCGAAAAAGUGGUUUAGCAAGAAAGAGGAAUCCCGAAGUAGUGGGUCCACAUCAGAAAGUAGCAGCCAAUCAGAUACUGUAAGGUAA